AUGGACCGCGGGAUCAGCUUGAAUGAGAUCCUGAUCCAUUCAAUUGGCGGCACCAGCACGCCGCCGUACACGGUGCCGCUGUUCCCCCACCAGCCGGCGGUGCUCAAAGACCCCGAACGCAUGUUUGUCGCCCCGCCCUCGGCGCACCUGGCCGAGCUGCCGACGUGGACGUUCUCGGAGAUCACCGCCUCCAUAUCGACGAUAAAGGACGAUGACCCUUACCAGAUUGUCGCCAGAGGUAACGACUUGGCUACUUUACUCAGGACCACGCCUCAGCUUAAGCACGAUCUUGUGUUAAAGCUGUUUUUGAAUAAGAUCGCCUAUAUGUUUUCCCACCAGGCGCUGGAAGUGAGAGCCGUGGGGUACCGUUUACUCAGGCUUAUCAUCACUCUGGACGAGUCGCUACGAGCGUUGGUCCAGCUGAAAGUGCUUAUUUUGAUCAUUAUGCUGCUUUCGACGGCGAAACUGGCGGUGACGGAAAAGGAGCAGGCCAUCAAGCUUGUGCGGCAAUUUCUCGUGAUUGAAAACGGCGCUGAUUUCUUGAGUGUCGGUGUGAUUAAACUGUUGAUUGCGUUAGUGGAGUAUGAGCCUGACGACGACGAUAUCGAACCGGCAGUGGCUAUCCCUGAUUUACUAAAACAACAGGCCCUCCAGGUGAUUUCAGAAACGUGUCUCGUUAAACCUGCUCUUGUGUUUCUUCUGGGAGGGUUUCGAGUGCUUUUGGCAGCGGUGGCGGAGGCUCCGUUACCGGUAGCCAUGAACUGUUUAGUGUUGCUUGUGACGACAUUAGACACUAAACAUACACGCAAAUUCCUCCGCAACGGGCUUGAUUUUAAUUCAUUAUUUGCUCCCUUCCACGAGGCCGUGGAUAAUGAGGACGAGCCCCUGGGGCGCAAACCGCUGGCGGUGUCGACGGUGCGGCUCCAGCGGGCGAGUUUAGUGGCGGCGGUAUUGUUCAAACAGUUUAACGGGCUCAUCGCGUUGUCGAUUGAUGGUUUCGUGAUGAUACGCCAAUUAGUGGGUCUACUAGCUAAACGCAACCACCGGGUACGACUGUACCUUAUUGAUGUCGUUAAUGACAUUUUAGGGGUGAAAAGCCUUUCAUGGAUGGUGGGUCUGCCCCACCAACUUCAGCCUCAUCCACCGCCGCCACAAGUGGCUACCGCCGUUGACCACUAUAGGGGACUUGUGGUGUUGGUAUUGAUUAAAGCGGGCCUUCUAGACCGGCUAGCGGAAAUUGUCGAACAGAAACAAAACGAGGCUAACGUCAAGGCAGCGAGACUGCUUAUGGCCGAGGUGUAUCGCCGGUCUCUGCAACUAUUACCGGUCGAGCUCGUCACUCAGAUUAAAGUCCCCGACGCUUUUACUACCACUACCGCCACUACCACCCAACCAGCCACUCCCGUGACUAGCCGCGAGCUUAAACCAAUGAAACAACAAUUGGGCCAGAUGUACCUGGCGUGGCGCUACAAUAUCGACGAUAACGAGUUCCGGAUCCACGUGAACAAUACCAGGAUUGUCACCGUCAAAGAGUUUGGUGAAUGGAACUGGCCGCUUAUACAACGGUUAUUUGAAGGUCCCUUGGAUAAUCCCUACCGGUUUGAUGAAGUAUUGGACAAGUACCCCAAGUUCUUCAAACGGCUAAUGCUGUUUUAUCGACCGUUUAAAUUCAGGUUCUGUAACAUUGCGAGAACUGCGAAGAACGGUAAACGCUACGUGGCCGUGGGGUGUCAAUUAUUUGAACUAUUAUUAUCAUUGGAGAGAGGAAGGAAAUACUUGGCUAAGAAUAAGAUUUUACCGCAAAUCGCUGAAGUUUUGGCUCAGAUCGACCCCUUAAGUGGUAUUGGUGCUAAGGACCCCAUUCUCUCUAAGAAACGGUUGGAAACGACGGUAUCUGCCGGUUACUUGGAGAUCAUUGCCACCAUGCUGAAGCACCAGUUCGGCCUUCGCCUCUUAGGGCAGUGGCAAGUGUUUACUACCCUCCACCAUAUCAUCGACCACCUGACCACUUCUGAAACCAAUAACCACUUGCUUGCCGUGCUCUUCCGCCUGGCCGACUACUCGUCCGAACACCUGCCCUUUAGGGUAAUGCUCCAUCGCAUAUUGGCGACACUGAACCGUCGACUCGUCCAUUUACUCCUUGAUGGAGUAGUGGCGAAACUUUUGACCGAUCACGCUGACCAUAGCAACCAGCACUACUUGGUGAGAGCGGUGACCGAGUUGUUAUUUCACCCCACCGAUGCUCUGAUCCGUCGCAAAGCCGUCGACUUAAUUGGCCAAUACUUACAACAAGGAGGGUCAGUGGCCGCGGUGGUGGAACUGGGACCGCCAGUGGCAUUGCUUGUACCUCAAGGGUACCACAUUCUCACGCGACUUAUGGCCACUCUGAUUGGGUUUAAAUACCUCUAUGCUCGUGGGUUUAUCGAUACUGAGUUUGCCAAAUGGAGCCGAGCGGUGGAGACUCGAGAUUUCCGGUUCCUCCACACUGUCGAGACAAGAAUUCGUGAUGAGUUAUACCCGACGUAUUCUGCUGACGAUAUGUUCUGGAAACCCGCGAGCGAUGAAGGCCCUCCUGAGUGUCGUGGCGAGUUCUUCCAAUACUUAUUAGCUACCGAAGAUGGUCUCCACUACUGCCAACAACACCAACACAUGUUUGCCCAAGCCGUAAACCCCGUGAUGGGUUUCUACACGCAAAUGGUGGCGGACCGUGCCGAAUUAAACCGCAAAUUGGCCGAUACUUCCAACGAAGAUAUGCUGACGUGGCUAGCUGAGAUCAAGCAACUGUUAUGGAUUAUUGGUAUCACUGGUUUGGGAACGUAUGGCGUUAGUCUACUCCUACUGAUCGCCCCCAAUUUGGUGCUGGUGGUGCACAACCUCUUCUACCUCAGUCCCUCGUGGCAAAUCAGAGCGCAGGCGUUCUACACGUUGGGGAUGUUAUCGGCGUCCACCGAAGGGAUGGAAGUGUUGGAUGAGCUCGGGUGGGUCACCGCCCUCGACGCCUACGGCAAUCUGAAGCGGAUGUGCUACCCUCAAGAGUGUGACUUGAAUUCGUUCUUUAACGUCACCACCACUAACCCGUACCGCGAUGUCAAUUACUAUAGUAUUUUUAACGGCAGCGGCACCGGUUUUAGUCUUUUCGGUGAUGACGACGACGAUGCCGAGACCGACGCCAAUAACGAGCGGGUGCUUACGCUAGUCCACGGGUUGGACCUGGUGUUGGGUAAGAUCGAGCGCAAAGCCCACGCCGAGCUUAGGAGAAUGAAAAGUACUCACCCAGAGUUGUUUGACGGCAAUACCACUUUGUUCCUCGAAGUGAUCAAAGCCAUCGAUAAGGGGGUGUACAACUUUGCCAAACGGGACUUCAUCAUGCUGCUAUUCGAUAUCGGGGUGGUCGAACCGUUUUUGAAGGGAAGAAAAGGGUGA